AUGAUCUCCCUUACGCCCCAUCACCUGCGCCAGCUGCUAGACGACUGGAGAACGCUUCCACCUCCCAUUCCAGAGUUACAACUGCCACACCGCAUUAAUGCCCAUCCCAUACCUAAGCAGCCGACAGGGCUUCCCCACAGCUUCUUGGGAGUCAUUUUCUCCACAAACGAAUCCCCAUACGGACUCUGGGUUCGAGACCAGCUGUACAACUCUCUCGUCACCCAGCUUGAUCUUUGUCACAACGAUCACACCCUCGAGGAGUACAUCGUCGCACAUGUGUCGGUUGCUCUCAAGGAUCUCCCACCCGCAUUCCACAGUAAUUUCCCGUGGACGGCCCGCCUAUUAACCCCUUCACCCCUCAUACCUAUGGGCUACAUCGAGCUCCGACCCCUCCUUCCCAGCACGAUGAUCAUUCCCAAUCACGACCCCGGUCCCCUUCACCUGAUGGGAGACGACCAGGUCAAGGUUCGAGGUGCAAGCUACCGCCCACACGAUGGCCACUGUAGAGUUCUCCGAUCCAGCGUGAGGGCCCCACACGGACAGCCCGUAUCGCUUUUGCAGCUCGUCGCGGCGAUGGCAGUUGUGCACAACAUGCACCAAGCGUCCGUCCAAGGCACCUAUAGCGACGGUUGCACACCGCGACCCGGAAGGGCCACCCCCAUCGCCGACAGGGGCCCCGUCUCGAGUACCGCGUACGCGGCCGCGCCGUCGUCUCCAACACGAGCCGAAAUCAUGCGGCACCUCUUCAGCCCCGGCACCGGCUCAUCGAUCGCGGCGGUUCCGUCGGAGAAGCACGCUGCGACGCAGUCCAAGGAUUGGGAGGAGAACAGCCUGGUCGUCGAACACCUGCCCAGGCUUAGGCGCAUGCACAUCCACCUCGUCGCGUUGUGGAAGAACCUCCGGGACGCUACGGUCACGUCCUUCCCCACAAGGUCCGUCUUCUAUAGGUUGGAGACGUGCUAUAAGGACGGGAUGUGCAUAUCGCCGCUACGCCGGGCGACUCUGGAGCUGGAGGUGUUGAUAGCGGGAGAGAAAGCAUGGGAGGCGGGUUUGAAGGAGGGCGGAGUGGAGGAGGCGCGGAAGCGAUGGGUUGAGGCAAGAGAGAGGGUCAUAGCCACUCUCAGGAGGAGACUUGAAGAAGGCUGCGUGGAGGAGUGGGAGAAACUUGAUUGGGGAGUUUAA